AUGGAGGAAAGGAUUAAUGGGAAUUUAGGGGGUUUGUGUUUGGGGGGUUGGGAUUGUUUGGGGGGUAUUGUUAUGGGGGGGGAUAUUGGGGGGUGUUGGUGGGGGGGUGGUGAUUGUGGUUUGAUUUGGGUGAUUGUUGGGGGGGGGGGUGGUUGGGGGGGGGGUGUUGGGGGGGGGGGGGGUGGGGGGGGGGGGUGGGGUUUUGUGGGGGGUUGGGGGGGGGUGGUGGGUGGGGUUUGGGGGGGGGGGGGGGGGUGUGGGGGUGGGGUGUGUGGGUUGGGGGUGGGGGGGGGUGUUGGGGUGUGGGGUUUUGGGGGGUGUUUUGGGGGGGGGUUGGGGGGGGGUGUUGGGGGGGGGGGGGGUGGGGGUUGGGGAGGUGUGUGGGGUGUGGUUUGGGGUUUUGGUUGUGGGGGGGGUGUGGGGGUUGGGUGUGUGGGGUUGGGGGGGGGGGGUUAUGUUUGGGGGGGGUGUUGUGGGGGGUGGGUGGGGGGGGGGGGGGGUGUUGUGUUGUGGGGGUUGUUGGGGUGGGUUGUGUGUAUUUUGGUUGGGUGGUUGUUUGUGGUAGUUGGUGGGGGUUGUUGUGGGUGUUUUGUUGGGGGGGGGUGGGUGGGGGGGUGGUGUUUGGUUGGGGUUGUUGGUGUUUUGUGUGUGUUGGGGUGGGUUGUGGUGGUGUGUUGUGGGGGGGUUUGGGGGUGGGGGUGGGGGGGGGUGGGGGGUUUUUGGUUUGGGGGGGGGGGUGGGGGGGGGGGGGGGGUGGGGGGGGGGGGGGGGUGGGGGGGGGGGGGUGGUGGUUGGGUUGGGUGGUGGGGUGUGUUUGUGGUGGGGGGGGUGGUGGGGGGGGGGGGUGUGGGGGGGGUUGGGGUGUGGUGUGGGGGUAGUGGGGGGGGGGUUGGGUGGUUUGUGUGGGGGUGUUGGGGGGUGGGGGUUGUUGGGGGGGGUGGGGGGGGGGGUGUUGGUUGGUUGGGGGGGUGGGGUUGGUGGUUUUUGUUGUUGGUGGGGUGGUUUGGUGGGGGGGUGGGGGGGGGGGUUGGGGGGGGUUGGGGGGGGUGGGUGGGGGGGUGGGGGGGGGGGGGGGGUGGGGUUGGGGGUGUUGGGGGGGGGUUGGUGGGUGGGGUUGGUUUGGUUGUUGGUUGGGUUGGGGGGGUGGGGGGGGGGGGGGGGGGGGUUGGGGUUGUGGGGUGUGGUGGGUGUGGGGUUGGUGUGUUGGUGGGGGAUUGGGGGGUGGGUUGGGUUGGGGGAGGGUGGGGUGGGGGGGGGGGGGGGGUGGGUGGGGGGGGGUGGUGGGUUGGGGUGGGGUGUCGGUUGUUGGGGGGGUGGGGGGGUGUGGGUGGUGGGGGUGGGGGUGGGGGGGGGGGGGGGGUGGUGUGGGGGGUGGGGGGUUAUAUUAGGUUGGGGUGGGGGGGGGUUUUGGGGGGGGGGGGGGGAGUGUUUGUUUGUGUAGGGAUGGGGGUGGUGAUAGGUUUGGGGGGGUUGUAUGGGGGAUGGGAAUGUAGGUAUGGAGGUAGGGGUUGGUGGGGUGGGUUGGUUGGGGGGGGUGGUGUUGGUGGGUUGGGGGUGGGGGGUUGGUUUGGGGGGUGUGGGUGGGUGGUGGGUGGGGUGGGGGGGGUGGGGGUGGGGGUUUUUGUGGGUUGUGUUGUGGUUGGGGUGGGUUGGGGUGGGGGGGGGUGGUGGGGUGGGUUUUGUUGGUUUGGGUUUGGGGGGGUGGGGGUGGGGUGGGGGGAUGGUUGGGGGGUGAGGGUGGUGGUGGUGGUUGGUUUGGGUUGUGUUGGGGGGGUGGGGGGGGGGGGGUGGGGUGUGGGUUGUUUUGGUGGGGUUUUUGGGUGUGGUGGGGUGUUGGGGGUUGGGUGGUGGGGUGGUGGUGGGGUUUGGGUAUUUGGGGUUGGGGGUGUGUGGGUGGGUUGUGGGGGGGGGGGUGGGGGGGGGGGGGGGGGGUGUGGUGGGGGUUGUUGUGGGGGGGGGGGUUUGGGGGUGGGGGGGGGGGGUGGUGAUGGUGGUGAUGGGGGGGGGGGGGGGUUGUGUUUGUGUGGUGGGGGGAGUAGGUGGGGUAGGAGGGGGGGUAAUGAGGUGGUGAUGGUUUUUGGUUUGGGUGGGGUGGUGUGGGGGAUUUGGUGUGUUGGGGUGGUGUGGUUGGUUUGGGUGUUUGUUGGUGUUUGGUUGGGUGAUUGUAUUUGUUUUGGGGUGUGGGGAUUUGGGGGGGGGGUGGAUGUUGGGGGUGGGGAUGUGGUGUGGUAUUGA